CAGAGCCCCUCCUCCGUGCACACCGCGUCUCCAUUGGAACGAGUGUUCGACGUUGAAAGCAAGUUCGCGAAAGGCACCUGUAUCCUCCAAGAUGACCCUCAACCCCCUGCUCUCUUCAAGGAUGGAGACUUUAUUAUUGGAGGGGCUUUCACCAUUCAUUACUAUCUGAGGACAGAGAAGCACACCUAUACUAGACGGCCACAACCACUAGAGUGCAUUGGGAGCAUGGACUUCAGGGAGCUGCGCUUUGCUCGUGUCUUACAGUUCGCCAUCCAAGAGAUUAACAACAGCUCUGAUCUCUUACCGGGCAUCACAUUAGGGUACCAUAUAUAUGACUCUUGUGCCUCUGUGCCAAUGGUAAUGAAAGUAGCAUUUCAACUUGCCAACGGGCUAGAUCUGGUAUUUAACGACACGGAUUCCUGUGCAAAAUCUGCUGCAGUUCUUGCACUAGUUGGAGAAUCUGGUUCCACUGCGGCUAUAAGCACUUCAAGACUUUUCGGUUCUUUUGGAAUUCCACAGGUGAGUCAUUAUGCAACGUGUGCGUGUCUCAGUGACAAGCGGCAGCAUCCUACUUUCUUCAGGACCAUUCCCAGCGAUCACCAUCAAGCAGCCGCACUUGCACGGAUGGUCAAGCGCUUCGGAUGGACGUGGAUUGGGGCUGUGCGCAGUGAUUCAGACUACGGGAACAAUGGCAUGGCAUCAUUCCUGAAGGCUGCGGAGGAGGAAGGAAUCUGUGUAGAGUAUUCUGAGGCCUAUUACAGGACCCAGCCGCGCAGUAAACUGAAAAGAGUCGCUGAUGUCAUUCGUAGGUCAACAGCUCGUGUAAUAGUUUCCUUCAUGUCCGUUGGUGAUAUGAGAUUUCUCCUAGAAGAGCUGAGUCAGCAGCCUCCCCCUCCGAUGCAGUGGCUUGGCAGCGAGGCGUGGGUUACAGACCCACAAAUGCUGCGGUUUAAUUUGUGUAUCGGUGCAGUGGGCUUUGCAAUCCCGCGGUCUGUUAUACCAGGUUUUCGUAACUUUCUACUUGACCUCUCUCCAGCGAAGGUGCUGAAAUCUCCAUUGCUGACAGAAUUCUGGGAAAGCUCAUUUAGCUGUAGUCUAAAACAGCAGACAGGUUCUUCUACUGCUAUGCCUGCGUGUAAUGGCACAGAGGAUCUGCGCGUAUUACACAACCCGUACACAGACACGUCCCAGUUGCGGAUCACUAACAUGGUGUACAAAGCCACAUAUGCUAUAGCUCAUGCCCUCAAUGGCAUUGUCUGUAACGAAAAACGAUGUAGCAAAAACAUCAAAAUUGAGCCCCGUAAGGUAAGUUUUCUCAUCUUGGAACAACUGAACUAAAUAUUACAAUACAUGUAGGCCUGCUAUAAAAUAUCUAUAUAACCACACCCAAUAUUUUAGUAGGCCUACUGAUUAUUCAGCAAAUUACAACAAUCUGAGUUUUUUAUGCCCAUCAUGCAGGUUUUUGAUCAGCUCAAACAAGUGAACUUCACCAAAAAUAAUUAUUCUGUUUCAUUUGAUUCAAAUGGAGACCCCGUGGCCACCUAUGAACUUGUGAAUUGGCAGCUUCAGGGAGAUGGUUCAGUUCAUUUUGUGACAGUGGGUCAAUAUGAUGCAUCCCAGCCUAAAGGCCAAGAAUUCAGUCUAAGCAGAACUAUCAUUUGGUAUGAUGGCAGUGAAAAGGUAUAGCUACAAUGUGAUGUCUAUAAUUACAUCAGGGAUGGGCAGCUUUGGUCCUGAAGGGCCACUGUCCUGCAGAGUUUAGAUACGACCCUAAUCAAACACACCUGAAGCUAAUUAAUGUCUUCAGGAUUACUAGAAAGCUAUAGGCAGGUGAGAUUUUAUUGGUGUUGCAGCUAAACUCUGCAGUACAGUGACCAUCUAACUGAAGUUUACCAUCCCUGAAUUACGUUAUAAAUAUUUAUAAAUAAUUAUAAAUAAUAUGCAGUAGCCAACCUUGGUUAAUUUUUGACCUUGAUGCUCUGUGUUCCUGUCACCUGUAGGUGCCUGUGUCUGUGUGCAGUGAGAGCUGUCCUCCAGGUACUAGGAAGGCUGUGAAUAAGGGAAGACCUGUCUGCUGCUAUGACUGCAUUAACUGUGCAGAUGGAGAGAUCAGCAAUGAGACAGAUUCUUUAGAUUGUCACAA